AUGCCUCAGUGCUGUCAAUUGUACCUCAGCCUGGACUAUCGGCAGGCAGAGCCGAGCAUUGGGGAAGAACCCCUCUGGGCCGUCAACGUGCCCAAGUCAGGCAGUCCAAGGGCAGCCGCCGAACCCGCCACGAGCCCCAGUUGCGUUAUCUGCCUUGUGCUGGCUGCUCUCUGCAGGCUCGAGAAACUGGAGAAUGAAUCCAAGACUAAUCAGGACAAGUUUGAAGAGAUCACCUCGAAAUGGGGCUCGGCCAAAGAGAAAACCAUCCCGCAGGACCUGUGGGACGUGCUCAACCUGCAGCAGCAGCAGCGUGCUCUGCUCAUCGAAGAGAAGAACAAGCUCAUCAGCGAACUGCAGCAGGAGCUGAAAAGCAAAGAUGACCAGUAUGUGAAGGAUCUCAAGAAGCAGUCAGACGACAUUAACCUGCUGGUGGAGAGAAUGGAGGAGCAGAUCAGAAACCUAAUGAAAACUUACCGUCGGGAACUCACGCAGAUUGAGGUAGCAACUGGCUUCAUAGCAGGAUGGGAGCAAGCAGUGAAUUAUUCUCACGAUAAAUCCACCAGGGAGUUCUCCUUAAUGGAAUUAUCUCCGGCAAAGGGGUCUCUUGCUCAUUACACUGGCAUUUCAGCAACGCUGGGUUCUGGCUUCAGAUGUUUCUGUGGACCAGAGCUCUCACUUUGCCAGGUAGAAGUAAAACUGGAGAUGAACGGAGCGCUGCGGUUCUGGUUAUGUGAUUGGGGACCGCAGCGUCCAGGGCAUGGAACGCUGCACGGGACAAGCCAGUCACCGGCAGGGCCUUUCCCUCCCUGCAGACACUUUGCCGUCAUCGAUGCCCAGAAGUUCCUGGAGCUCUGGCUGAUGAACGAGGAGGAAGCCAAAGGGCUGGUGUGGAAAGCUCUUGAGGCCGAUCGCGUCAUUCACACCCAGCAGCUGGGGCUCCCCUGGGUGGAGCCUGACUCCUGGUUCCUGGACAACGUGGGCCCCAUCGUGCACCGCAAGGCAAUCAGAUCUGCCAGCAAGCUGGCCCAGGAGGUGAUGGCAUUAACAGAAAGCAGCCAGCAGGAAGAGGAGGAGGAGGGUGUGGAGGGAGGAAGAAAAGAGGCAGAGGCGGAGGCUGGAGAGGAAGUUAAACCUCCCCGGCACAUCUCGGUGAAGUCUGUCAAACACAUCCUGGAGCUCCUGUGCGACGAGUCGGGCUUCCUGAUAGAGACAAAACUGCUGGGACUCCUGCAGCCGCUGGAGAGGCACGAGCGCUCCCUGAUGAGGCUGGAUGCAAUCUUUGCGGCCCUCGAAAUUGACAAUGAAGACGACGUGUAUAUGCUGGUGGAUUUCUUCUUGACGUUCAAAGCCCAGCAGGUCGUCUCCAGCCAGAGUAAGGAGUGGGCAGAGGAGCAGGGCCCUGAAAAACUCGCUGUGGAUUCAGCAGACAACGACGAGGGAUCGGCCGCCCUGAAGGAGGAAGGCACGGCCCAUCAGAGCUCGGCGGCAUCACCGUCCUCUUUGCUCUUCCAUCCCGAUGACGUCCUCAAGGCCCUCAAAGCAUUUGUCCGGGACUUCCAGAAGCCGAGGGACAAGCGGCCACAGGUGAAGAAGGUGAUGGAGGAACGGGACAACUCCAAGGACUCUGAGUAUUGGGAGGCCCUGGCUCACGUCAUCCCAGAGCCAAAGCUGAAGGUUUGGGAUGCGCUGGAGGCAGCGUUGGAGAAAUACUACUCCGUGCUGAGCCAGCGGGCGAAGCUGCUCACCGAUCUUGACGGGCUCCAGCAGCAGAACACGGAGCUGCACAUGCUGCUGCAUCAGUACGUCACCUCCAAGGUGAACGAGGAGCUGCUGAUUCCACCCACCCACGUGAUCGAGUUGACGCCGCCGUGACCGGCAGGGGGCCGGGAGCCCCGGCAGGCAGCGGGAGGCCGUUGCCGUACGUCCCUACCCACGAGCCCUCGGUGCUGGAUCAGGGGCAUUCCCUGGAGGGCAGCGACUGGAAUAAACCCCCCUUUAAAACA